AUGGAUCAUAUCCUGUGUAUGAGGUUUAGUACAUUAAGGGGAUCUUAUCCCGAUGAAUUAGACAAAUCUAAAACAACCAAUUUUUAUGCUUUAGGGAGUAUUAGGGAUUACUGCCCUAAUGAAGAUUCAGGAGGCCAAAAAGAAUGUAAGACUGAGCUUGAUAAAAUAAAUGCUGCAUGCGUAUGGUUAUUUAAUCAAAUUAUUUCUAAUAAAAUUAAUAGUUUAAAUAAAGAAAAGGUUAAAAUUAUUGUUAUAUACAUUAUGAUAUGGUUAAGUUAUAAACUAAAUAAAAAUCCAGAUGUAGAAAUUACCACGUUAAAUGAUUUUUAUACUAAAUAUAUAAAAAAUCAUACGGAUUCUACUAAUUGUAAAAAGACUGGUAUAGAUUGUAGUAAUACAUUAAAAAAUAAAACGGGUUAUAAGAAUUUUAAGGAGUUCAUAGAAGAAAACGAAUAUUUUAUGAGUAUGGAUAUGAACAGUAUAUCUAAUUUUUAUGAUGCAUUUAAAUCAUUAUGUACCAUGCAUACUGAAUUUGAUGCAAACAAUCCAGAUUGCAAAAAUUAUAUAGAAAAAGCUCAAGAAUUUGUUAAAAAAUAUGAAAAACUUAAUGGAGAUUCUAAUAAUAUUAAAGAUAGUUUAUAUAGUCAAAUAUUGUCUACAUUAUCAAAUGAUUAUGAUAAUUUUAAAAAGGAUUGUAAUGGUGCUAAUUGUACGGAUAUUCCAUCGCUUCCCCCGAUAAAAACAAAAGAAAAUGGUGCAAAAAAUCCUGAACAUAUUUCUGAAGUUACAUCAUCAAGUUCGUCGAUAGCAAACAAAUUAAUUCCAGUUUUAUCGAUAUUUGGUGCCAUAGCAUUUUUUUUAGGAAUUUCUUAUAAGCAUUCGUUAUUUGGAUUUCGGAAACGAUCUCAAAAACAACAUAUAAGAGAAAAGCUAAAAAAAUAA